CCUUCAGAUAGCCUACGGUAAACAGGACGAGGGAAGCGACAACUCCAAGUCUGGUACCACACGCCAAACCACCACCUCGCCCCCCUCCCCGCCUGCCGCCACGCCCGUCAUGCCGAAGCUGACGUGCAAGAUAUGUGCUGAGAGCUACGACAACGAGAACCACAAGCCGCUGCUCAUGCCCUGUUCCCGCACCAUGUGUCGCGCCUGUGUGCUGAGGUGGGCCCAGACACCAAACAAGAAGUGCUUCGCCUGCCUCGGCCACCACACGGGCGUGAAUAAGAACAAUGUGGACAACCUGAAUGUCAACUACGACCUCCUUGAAGCCAGCCUCCCGCCCCCCUCUUACAUAGCCCCUCGAACGCGUACAGAACAGUCCUCGGGCGUGCUCCAGCUGGUGCUGCAGGACCUGGAAGGCAACAAGUACCAGCUGCACGCCCCCGCCGCGGCCACCGUCAAGACAGUUAAGAAUCUCGUCCAUGACCAGCACGGCUUUGCCCCAGCCCAGACGCGCCUCAUUUAUUCGGGAAGUGUUCUGAAGGACAACUGCACGCUCGCGUCCUACGGCCUGAAGACGGGCAACACCCUGCAGAUGCUCACAGAGUACGAGGGUGGACGCCUGCCGCACCGAGGCCGGGAACCACGCCCUCUGCGCCUGAGGACGGCCGGCCGCGAGCCUCAGCAAGGCGGAGACUGGGGCGGCGCGGGAACCACGGGAACGGUGAGAGGCAAUGUUGCGAGGCAAUGUUGCUCCCGGAGAUUAGAUACGAGACUUGUACGUACGUAACACCGCUGGCACCCAUGAGACACUGAGCGACGAGGCGGCGUACGAUGAUUGCUGGGAGAACACCGGAAAUUUGUGUUUCAGUAUGUUGUUUGUUGUGUUGUUAUAUAUAUAUAUAUAUAUAUAUAUAUAUAUAUAUAUAUAUAUAUAUAUAUAUAUAUAUAUAUAUAUAUAUAUAUCUUUAAAACUAAGAAAGAAACAUUCGCUCGGCGUAAUAAUGUCCUUUGUAGUCAGUUUCCGAUACAGAAUGGAACAACACAAAACAGGGACGUGCUGCAUGAAUGACGUCAUGGAUGAGCUGGAUUUCCAUUCACCGGAAAAGUAAAGUUCAUCAAAAGUUGUGAGAGAGGAUACAAGAUGAUGUGUCUGCAGGCGUGACAGAUGACAACCACUCUGGGCACCAUAUCCUUCUGUAUUUUAUCAUGAUUCGCGUAUUGUCUACUUUCAAAAUAUGUAAUUCAUUAAUGAAAAGCUCAUAAAUUUAAAAACACUGAUUAAACAUAUAUAGUUGUUUUAUGUGUUACGAGGUAGCCAAUACUUUCCUGAAGGCUGCGUUUCCACCUGUGUGCGUGUGAGCCACAGACUUAUAACUGUGUGGUGUGGGCCCAAACAUUACCGACUCUGGGAUGGAGAAUGAUUUGUUUACGGUAAAGGAAGCAGCUCAAAGGCAAUAAACAAACAAAAAGAAAAAAGGAAAAAAAAAUAGAAAAAAAAACACUAAUAUCUCUUCCUGCAAAAGUAAACAGGAGUGUCCAAAAGAGAGGUCAAUUUCGGAUGGAGAGGUGUCCUGAUACUUCCCUCUUCAUAGAGUUCAAGUCCUAGGAAGAUGAAAUACAGACAAUAGAAGGGUGA